GCUGCCAGCCCAGGGUCGCCUGCGGGCGGCUGCGCUGGCUUCCUCGGCGCUCCCGCGGCGCCCAGCGCCACCGCGGCGCUGCCGCAGCCGCCCGAAGGGCUCCGGGCGCGGCUGGUCGUCCACCGCGUGGAGGGCGUGCUGGGCACGGCGAUGGCGUCCCCGUUCGUGCGGGUGCACGUCGUCAACAGCACGACCGGCGCCUGGGUGCCGAAGGUCAGCGCCGAUGCAGGCCGCCCGGCGGUGUUCAACCUGCACGCGGACGGCUCGCCGUUCCUGCGGACGACCCCGACGAGGCGGGAGCCCUGGCAGGCAGACGUGGUGCCCGGCUCCUACAUCAGGCCGUUCUCGACGGAGCCGUGCGCGAUGCAGGGGUUGCAGGGCGCUGCCGCCGUGCGCGUGCACUGGGAGGAGGCCUUCCUGCUGGCGGAGCCGCUCGGGGCGGGCUGCUCGCUGCUCUUCGAG